AUGGGCCAGAGCCAAUCAAACGAAUGGGUCAAAGUCCCUGACUUGGAAAAUUCCGCAGACAACACCAAGCCUACUGAAAACAACAAGUCCACAGAGAACACUAAUCCCACAGACGUGCUCAAGGUUAUGGAGCCCAGCAAUUUAUCUCCAACAUCUUCAUCUCUGGAAGUACAUCUGAAGCAAAUGUCUAAUGACUUCGAUGUAUAUCAAAAGAGGUUGGAGAGCAUCACGGAGCACAUGAUUGUAAUUGAUGAACUUGUGGCAAAGAUUAGCGGUCCCGUCAUGGAAGGAGUAUGCAGAUUCCGCAAGGUCCGUGAUGAGAUGGGAUCUCUGGUAAACGAAGACAACGCUUCCCAAAAGCACCAGAAGCAGGUAGAGAUGCUCGAGGUUGCGAUUGUUACGCACCGGAAGAUGGUCAUUACGGCCCACUGGCUAAACAGGGUCCUGUCCAAUCUGAGCACCGAUAUGAGCAACUCGAAGUUUUAUCUUGAUAAGUAG